GAAGUGUGUGGCAGAUGGGGGGAGUUGACCCAAACAGGGCUUCUAAUGGAUGAAAGAUGUGUACUUAAAAACGGUGUGUUUUGAUGCCCAAGCCAAUAGAGGAUGCAUGUGAUGCGCCAGUUAUGGGCAGGGACUGCGCUACCGGAAAACACCAGGCUUGUUCAAUCCUCAGAGUCUCUCCAGUGCAGUCCAGACUGCAGAGGAGGGAGCCAGUGGCUCUGCUCAGAGAGGGUGAUGGAUCUGCUCAGGUCAACAGCUAGCAAGUGGCAAAUUCAGAAGGAAAAGGAAAGGAUAAAAGCUUGAUGCUUACUGAGAACCCACCAAGUACCAGGGACUUUGCAUGUAUUCUCCUAACAGUUCAUCCAGUGUCGUGCCCUCCACUCUAGAGAACCCUGAGGAUCAGAAGAGCCACCGUGGACAUUUGGCUCCCUAUAUCCAACCUCGUCCAGGAAAAAGAGAGAUGUCCUGUACCAGUCUCUAUUAGAUGCCAGGCCAUCGCAUGACUUCUAUAGCCCUGCAAGGUAGGCCUGCCCUUUUGUUGUGCCCUGGAGGAGACAAACUGGAAGUGGGAGGAUGGGUGAUUUAGUCGAAAUUACCCAGUCUGGGGUAAAGGACGUUCAGACCCAGGCCUGACGAGUCCAGGGGGCAUCCGACAUCUGGGCAUCUCCUGCGUGCCUGGCACCUCACGCGGUCUCCAGCACUGUGGAUAGAGCCGGGGAUUUUAACCAACAGGGAGACACACUGUGUAGCCAUGGUGAGCGAGUUUCCGGGUCCGGGCUCUCGGGUCCCCUGGCGGCCAAGGGACGAGGCGCUGCGCGUGAACGUGGGCGGAGUGCGGCGGCUGCUGAGCGCGCGCGCCCUCGCGCGAUUCCCGGGCACGCGGCUGGGCCGCCUACAGGCGGCGGUGUCCGAGGAGCAGGCGCGGCGCCUAUGCGACGACUACGACGCGGCGGCGCGCGAGUUCUACUUCGAUCGGCACCCGGGCUUCUUCCUCGGCCUGCUGCACUUCUACCGCACCGGGCACUUGCAUGUGCUGGACGAGCUGUGCGUCUUCGCCUUCGGCCAGGAGGCUGACUAUUGGGGCCUGGGCGAGAACGCUCUGGCCACGUGCUGCCGCGCGCGCUACCUGGAGCGGCGUGUGACGCGGCCUCGCGCCUGGGACGAGGACAGCGAUGCCCCGAGCAGCGUGGACCCGUGUCCCGACGAGAUCUCCGACGUGCAGCGGGAGCUGGCGCGCUAUGGUGCGGCCCGCUGUGGUCGCCUGCGCCGUCGCCUCUGGCUCACCAUGGAGAACCCUGGCUACUCGCUGCCCAGCAAGCUCUUCAGCUGCGUGUCCAUCGGCGUGGUGCUCGCCUCCAUCGCUGCCAUGUGCAUCCACAGCCUGCCCGAGUACCAAGCCCGGGAGGCAGCGGCGGCGGUGGCUGCAGUGGCCGCGGGUCGCAGCGCAGAGGACGUGCGCGACGACCCGGUGCUGCGCCGCCUGGAGUACUUCUGCAUCGCCUGGUUCAGCUUCGAGGUGUCGUCGCGCCUGCUGCUGGCUCCCAGCACGCGCAACUUCUUCUGCCAUCCGCUCAACCUCAUCGACAUCGUGUCGGUGCUGCCCUUCUAUCUCACACUGCUGGCCGGCGCGGCGCUUGGUGACCGGCGCGGAGCCAGCGGGGAGGAGCUCGGAGACCUAGGAAAGGUGGUACAAGUGUUUCGCCUCAUGCGCAUCUUCCGCGUGCUCAAGCUGGCCCGCCACUCUACCGGGCUGCGCUCUCUGGGCGCCACGCUCAAGCACAGCUACCGUGAGGUGGGCAUCUUACUGCUGUACCUGGCCGUGGGUGUGUCAGUGUUCUCUGGCGUGGCCUACACAGCCGAAGAAAAGAACGUGGGCUUCGACACGAUCCCCGCCUGCUGGUGGUGGGGCACCGUGAGCAUGACCACAGUGGGCUAUGGGGAUGUGGUCCCGGAGACUGUGGCAGGCAAGCUGGCAGCCUCUGGCUGCAUCCUGGGGGGCAUCCUGGUGGUCGCCCUCCCCAUCACCAUCAUCUUCAACAAGUUUUCCCACUUUUACCGGCGCCAGAAGGCACUGGAGGCGGCCGUGCGGAGCAGCGGCCAGCGGGAGUUUGAGGACUUGCUGAGCAGUGUGGAUGGCGUAUCAGACGUGUCUCUGGAAACAUCCAGAGAGACUUCUCAGGAAGGGCGCUCCACAGACCUGGAGACCCAAGCCCCCAGUGAGCCUGCAAAAUCUCACAGUUAUUAAAACCUGGGCUCUGCACUCCCUCCCCACAGCCUGGGAAUCAGCUAAUGUAGAGCAGAGUCCUCCCCUGCUUAGGUUCUGCAUGGGAGCCAUACGCCUGAGCAAAACAUAGGGGCCACAGAUCUUUCUCGAAAAAGCCCAGAGCAGGCUAGCACCGCCCUCCAUUCCACCAGCCCACAGAGAGGCCUCCUCUGAAGUAUGUACACACCAAGAGGAGGAAGAAGACAGCCUCUGUAUGCGCCGGUUAGCCUUGUGCAGAUGAUUAUCCCCAUUUCACAGAUGAGAGAACUGAGGCUCAGCCGAAUGGCACGGAGAAGUCAGCUUUUAAUGAUAAGUCCCUGGAAGGAGUUGAGGGCCGAGUCCUUGGAAUCUGUAGGAUCAAUACCACAAUCAUCUGCCAUACCCACUUCCUAGGGUGACUUACAGAAGGAGCCUGACUAGAGACCCCUCUGGGACCCAAUCCCAGCUCUACACCUGCCACGGGAAAGGUGGCCAACCCCCUGCCCCCAGAACUAGGUUCUAGCGGAUCUGUCACAGCGUGGGACCCAGAGAGAAGGUGACUGAGAAGACCCAGCUCAACUCUGAACUGUUGGCGGCGGAGGGGUACCGCGCAUGCUCCAGUCCUGCUCGGCUUUCUUCAACUUGACACAAGCUAAAGUAAUCUGGGAAGAGGAGGCUCAAUGGAGGGAACGCCUCCAUCAGAUUGCUUGUUGGCAAGCCUGUGGGACAUUAUCUUGAUUAAUGAUUGAUGUGGGAGGGCCCAGCCCACUGUGCGUAGCACCAUUCCUAAGCAGAUGGUCCUGGGGGUCUAUAAGAAAGCAGACUGAACAAGCCACGGGAGCAAGUCAGUAAGCAGUAUUCCUCCAUGGUCUCUGCUUCCAGGCUCCUGCUUCCGGGUUCCUGCCUUAUGCUCCUGCCCUGGCAUCCCUCAGUGAACUAUGACCCAGGAUAUGUAAGCCAAAUAAACCCUUUCCUCUCCAA